AUGUAUAAAGUACGCAAUGCAAGUAUGUGUGCAAAUGUUAUAGUAUUUAGGGGGCGAAACAAAUCUCUAUGCAAGCUCCAUGUUUUUAACAUCCAUGUAUUUCAUUUUUUAUAAUCUGACUUCUGAAGAAAUAAAUAGAUCGUCAAAGCAAUAAACUGUGCUGAAAUAAUUAUAGUAAAUGAUAAUAAAAAUAUGUAAUGGAACGGAAUAUUGUCAGAGCAAAUUCUAUUAUAUAUCUUGUGUCAAUUUUAAAUUAGUCUCAGAUUUCAUAUUUAAUAUCCAAUAAUAUACAUCGUCAAAGAUACUGUGACAAACCUUUAAAGUGGAUAGCUGUUCAGAAGUUUGAUUACCACAGAAAGAGAAUACCGCAGAGGUUAGAAGUACAAAUUGAACACAAUCCAACGAAAAUCGAUUCGUUCGUGCAAGAGAACGUUGAACCAGGACAGAGAGACGUGGUAAUGCGACGUGACGCGAACGAUGCAAUUGCAAUAACCGGACAGACCAUCAGCGAGACGUCGACUGUUCGUCAACCGCAAUACGCAUCAACCUCGUUACCAGCCUGCAGGACAUUUCUUGCCGUAGCGACAGGCUAG